GUGGAGGGACUUCCGACUUCCGGCCGGGCCGCCAUCUCGCCGUGAGACAGCAGGAGCGGUGCCGGCUAUGUCGUCCUGCGCAGCCGUAUCUUGGGGCCCCGGCCGAAACCCGGUGAUGGAGCCGCACAGCGCCGGCCCCGUGCAGCUGCGCUUCUCGCCCUACGCUUUCAACGGAGGGACGAUACUGGCAAUUGCUGGAGAAGAUUUUUCAAUUGUUGCUUCUGACACUCGAUUGAGUGAAGGCUUUUCAAUCCACAGCCGGGACAGUCCCAAAUGUUACAAAUUGACAGAGAAAACAGUCAUUGGCUGCAGUGGUUUCCAUGGAGACUGCCUGACGCUGACGAAGAUUAUAGAAGCGCGACUAAAGAUGUACAAGCAUUCCAACAACAAGGCCAUGACCACGGGCGCCAUCGCUGCGAUGCUGUCUACCAUCCUCUACUCCCGGCGCUUCUUCCCAUACUACGUGUACAACAUCAUCGGGGGGCUCGACGAGGAAGGGAAGGGAGCCGUGUACAGCUUCGACCCGGUUGGGUCCUACCAGAGAGACUCCUUCAAGGCCGGAGGGUCAGCGAGCGCCAUGCUGCAGCCCCUGCUCGACAACCAGGUUGGCUUUAAGAACAUGCAGAAUGUGGAGCACGUGCCGCUGUCUCUGGACAGAGCUAUGCGGCUCGUGAAGGAUGUCUUCAUCUCUGCGGCCGAGAGGGACGUGUAUACCGGGGACAUGCUCAAGAUCUGCAUCGUGACCAAGGACGGCAUCCGGGAGGAGAGCAUCUCCCUGAGGAAGGACUGAUGUCCACGCUGGCGCAUCUCGUUAGAAAUGAUAAUAAAGUGCCCGUUUUGUUACGACUCGUCUUCUCAGCAGGACAGAUCCAGGAA